AAAGGCGUUGGGGGAGGAGUGGCCGCCGGGGGUGGGUUGUAGAAGAGUUAGCGAUAAGGAGGGUGGAUAGGUGGUGGGGGAGUACAUGUGUCCGCGGUAGAGUUUGCGUGGUUUGGUCGCCCCCUCUCCGCCGAGCCUCAAGCCGCACACCACUCAAACCCUCAGAAACCCGCUAACUAUAUAGCCGCUAACUAUAAACGGGGAAAACCGGGAUGAAGAGGGAACGGAUGGGCUGAUGCACUUGACUGCGACCACCGGGAUGUCGCCCCAAGAGGGGGCCAACCCCCUCAGCGACACCUACACCAAGAUGACCUCGGACAUCCUCGCAGAGAGGACUCUGGGCGACUUCCUCGCGGAACACCCCGGCGAGCUGGUCAGGACCGGAAGCCCACAUUUCGUCUGCACCGGCCUCCCGUCACACUGGAGGUCGAACAAGACUCUGCCGGUCGGGUUCAAAGUGGUGGCGCUGGGUGAAGUGAUGGACGGGACGGUCGUCACCGUCAGGGCGGGCAACGACGAAAACUACUGUGCCGAGUUGAGGAACUGUACCGCCGUCAUGAAGAACCAGGUCGCCAAAUUCAACGACCUCAGGUUCGUCGGGAGGAGCGGAAGAGGAAAAAGCUUCACUUUGACCAUAACUGUGAGCUCGACCCCUCCACAGGUGGCGACCUACACAAAAGCCAUUAAAGUCACAGUGGACGGCCCUAGAGAACCUCGAUCGAAAACGAGCAGUGCCCUCCUUAACUGGCAACAGCAGCAGUUCCACGCAUUCGCUUUCGGACAGCGGCCCUUCCUGUCUGGCCACUUUGCCGGCGCCCUGGACCCGCUCCAGAGGGCACCCGAUCCCCUAGCCUUCAGGAUGCCUCCCGCCAUGUCUUCCUGCCAAAAUAUGAGCCAGUUCGGCUUAAACAACGGGCACCAUUGGGGUUACAGUGCUACGGCGCCUUACUCCAGCUAUCUCGGAGCAGGGCCGCUGAGUAGCUGCUCGGCGACGACACCGGCCAGUUCCGGUUUCAACAGCACCCCGGCGAUCGGCUUCACUCCGGCCGACACCAAUCACACCCAGGAGUUCUCGCAGACAAAUACGACUACCGGAACAGUCGUGGGCGAGAACGGCGUGGAGUUGGAGCAGCAGCUGCUCGGCCAGCCGAGGUACGGGCAGACCGAGUUCACCGGCGGGGCCAGGUCCGAUUCGGGCGAGUCACCUGGCUCGGAGGAGAUGUCCUUCCAACCCCAGUACGGCUCUGGGGGCGCUCACUAUCCAGUCCUUCCAUCCUUGCUCUACUCACAGUUGUACCACUCAGAACCGGCGCCGCCUGCCCCCAGGCAGGAGGACACUCUACGCUCCGACCACGCAGCCGUCUGGAGGCCUUACUGACCUACCCGGUACCAGUGCCAACCAAGGAUAUUCGUGUCCUGAUUUACCUGUGCAAUAUCUCGGUCUCGCAGAAUCGCCCGAACUUUAACGGAUUCGCCGACUCGGUGGUGAUUCCACCUCUAAAACUAAUCAGUAUUUACCUCGCCGGCAAAAGCAGCACCCACAAGUUCAUUCCUUCGAUAUCGCGCGAAAAACCCUUUUAUCAUGGUAUCGAACGCUUAACUUUUUUAUCAAACGAUAACAUCAACUACACAGGUUCAACAAAAUAUUUGUAUCGGAUGCGAAUUAACCAGACUAGAUGUUCACGAAGUGAAACUGUAUCCAGCUAUCGUACUCCUGAAUGAGAUUUUAUUUUAUCUAGCUUUAAUUAGUUGACCAAAGUGCAAGUUGAAAAAUCGUGUCAAGCUAAUAAAACGAUACCUCACACCAAUUUGCCCGUAUCCAUUGUGUAACAAAUCAUCAACAAUUUUUGCUUGUUAACUCUAAAAUUCAAAAUAAGAUAGAUUCAUGGGAAUAAGUAAAUCGUAUUAAAUAUUAAGAACAAUUUUGAGCAGAAGUCCGACGAUACAAAGUUGAAAUCUAAUCGUUAAAGUAAUUUCUAAUUUUGAGCAAUCUCUAGCAUUGUUUUUAAAGUGAUAAUUUGUGGGUGCUGCGAAGUCUCGCUCUUUUCUUCUAGUCGACGGAGGACUUCGGCGUGAAGGUGGCGGUACGGCAGAGUCUCGAUGAAUCAGUGCAAUAAACGGGAGAUGCUUGAUUAUGCAGACGUUCGUGUAAAUGUGCCAAAGUUUCUUUUCCUUGCAAAAUCGUGAUAUUGUUUUCUAUUAUUGGUUUCGUAGAAACUGCUCAAACAAGAGAUGAGCUUGUGUAAUAUAUUUAUAAAAAAAAAAAAAAAAAAAAAAACUAAAAUGAAUAAUGUUACGGUUCUUUACGAUGUUACCAUAUUUUGUUGAUGCAAUAUACAUUAACGUACUUAAAGUCUUUUAAUACAUAUUCUUUGUG